GGUACGAGACAUUGCAAGAUUAACAGAUUUCUAGUACCGUAUGGAGCGAGCCUGCAUCCGAUACUAUCUUUCUGCCUUCAGACGCAUAGGAGCAAGUUUCAGUACUUCCUCGCUGUAGCUGUAGCCUGAGCUUUUAUAACAUGUGGACACUACCCCUUGCAGCUGACUGUCGUUUGCGGUCAGGAACGACAGACCUCAUUCUCUCAUUCAUAAUCACGUCAUCGGUAAAAAAUGUCCUUAGCGGGCCAUUCUUGUCAGCGUGCCGAGCCAAUAUGCCCGAAAUGUCACUUUCCAGAGCUGCAGAGUUGCCCUGCAUUGAUCCGCGGUAGUGGUUCCGCACGACUGCAGAUUAUCUUCCAUCACAAAAACAGGGAAAGGGUGGAGUCGGUCGCACUGUCCUUGGACACGGAGAUUGGUGAAGGGUCUCCGGCGCCAACGAGUCGUGAGUCAUGCAGCACCCGACUCUCUGGGAGACUGACAGCGCCGAUUUCCCGCCUGUGCCGGCGGAGGCUGGCUGCAGCUUUGUCCGCGCCGGGCCCUAGCUGUACCGUGUCCGCGCCGUCUGCGCGACGGCCGACCUCUCCAGCCCCGAAUCUCGCGGCGGGCCGGAGCCGGAGCGCGGCCCGUGCACAGGGCGGGGCCGGGCUAUAUAGCCGGCGCACACACUGGGGCCCGGUGCAGUCGGUGAGACCGCCCGAGGCAGCAGCACACCAGCUGGACGCCAUGGAGAUUUUGGUGAUCGCGCUGGUGGCGCUGCUCGGCACCGCUGCCGGCCAGCAGCAGCAGUACGACCCGUACCGGGGUACGGAGCAGUUCAGCGGCACACCCCUGUACCGCGGGCCGGGCCAGGCCUCCCGUCCGGCGGCGCUGCGGCAGGCGGGGCCCUCCCAGUCGACGGCCGCCUCCCAGUUCUCCGGGUCCGCCUCACAGGGACCCCGACAGGGCCCCGUCGGAGGCCCCGCUCCGCUGGACGCCGUGCAAAAGGCCACAGAGGAAUUUAACAGGCUGUACAAGGAGGCGGCCGAGCGCGCUGCCGCCGCCCCGGACGAUCCUAACGCGCUCGGAUCGCACCAGCCUCAGCGAAAUUCCUUCCAGCAGCCCCAGCGCGGCUCCUUCCAGCAGCAGCAGCAGCCGGGUCAGUUCCAGGAGCAGCCGUUCGGCGGCCUACAGCAGCCACACCCCAGUGGGUUCCAGCAGCAGCAGUUCCCGCCCUCGGGCCCGUCCCUUGCCGGGCGGGCGCCGUUCCCCGGGCCAGGUCAGCCGUUCCCAGGGCCAGGUCAGCCGUUCCCCGGCCCUAACCAGCCUUUCCCCGGCUCUGGCCCAGCGUUCCCCGGCGCUCGCCAGCCGUUCCCGGCGUCUGGCCCGUCCUUCCCCGUCUCGGGCCCGUCCUUCUCCGGCCCUAGUAAGCCGUUCCCUGGCCCCAACCAGCCGCUCCUUGGUGGUCGCCAGCCGUUCCCUGGUGGUCGCCAGCCGUUCCCUGGCUCGGGGCCUUCGUUCCCCGUUGCCGGCCCGUCUUUCCCCGGCUCCGGCCCGUUUUUCGGCGGCCCUCAGGGCGGCGGACCUCAGUCGUUUGGCGGACCCCAAUUCGGCGGACCCCAGGCGGGAGGUCGGCCCCAGUUCGGCGGACCCCAGGCGGGAGGUCGGCCGUCGGCCGGCCGUUUGUCUGCCGCCGCGGCCGGUCCGGUGAGCGGCCCCCCGCAGCCCGUACAGGACACCCCAGAGGUGGCCGCUGCCAAGAAGGCCUUCUUCGAGGAGUUCCGCAAACGAGCCAAGCAGGCGGCGGACGCGCCCGACAACCAGCAGCUGCAUCAGCAGCAGGGGCAGCAGCGGCAGCCCAGCUUCUCGCACUCGGGAGGCCGAUUUUAGAGCCACUCAUUCGCCGUCUGUCCCAUCACCAUAAGAAAUGUGAGACGAGUGCAUGCGAGAUAUUUGUGAAAUGACUGCGAACUUUGAAUACCAUGAUUGUACUUGCA